CAUGUUUUCUAUAUACAAAGGAAUUCGAACGUUCAAAAGUAUCAAUAACUUUGACAAAUACAAAAAAGUAAUGACUCAUGUUGCUGGCUAUUACCAGUCGUGUGCAGUUUGCAUAGCAUAAACAGGUGUGCGAAGACAUGCAAAAUCCAGUCCUUCAACAUAUAAAAUAACACCAAGGUGACGAAUUGCAUGACAAAAGCGAACGACAACAAUUGACGAUUUGCAGAAACGUUCAUGUAUGCCUGGCCUACAAGUGAACAAGAUGUUAAACAUGGAACAUAACGCUACCAAACUGGACGGUGACGAAGAAAAAAAGCGGGGAAUAAGUACUUAUUUUAAAAGGUACCGAAAAAAGAUCAAACACGUCAUUGACUCCCCAUCCAUUCUAAUUUUCGUUGCGUUUCUGGCCAUAUUGGACGCUACAUUCGUUGUCUCCCAGCUCAUUAUAGAUGUUAUCAUCGUUAGACGGCUUCUUGAAAAAAACAUUGCUUCCACAUGGACUUUAUCAAACGCCCUGAAGGACGCAUACCCUGCCGACUUCCAUUGCUUCGACGAGAAUCAUUACGAUUUAGGGAAUUUAGAGGAUCUUGUAUCUUUUCUCAACCACGGGGAUGAUAACCAUGGAGACGAUAAAUACCAGGGAGAUGGAGUCCAUGAGGAAAGGAGGAAGCGCCACCUGCAAACUAGAAGUAAAUACAUUCAAGAUAAUCGAGUACUGUCAAGAGUUCUACGUGCUGCCAUGCGAAACAUGCAUUCACAAGAUAAGACAAUAAACGGAAUUCGGAACGAUGAAGGACCUCCAAGUAGGCGUAUUCAAAAACGUGGAUCGGGGACAAUCAAAAAUGACACUAUCUUGGCGAAAAAUUCGACAUUUGAAAAUCACGGGUGUCCAAAUGUAACCGAAGACAAUCACCAUGACGGAGAGCAUGAUCUCGAACAUACUCUCGCGCAUGCUUUUCAUAUAGGAAGUCUCGUUGUGCUCACUCUGAUGGUAUUUGAGAAAGUUCUACACAUACAAGCUCACGGGAAAAAGAUUUUCAAAGAUAGGCUACAGGUGUUUGAUGGAUUUGUUGUGAUCUUAUCUUGGAUCCUUGAUCUGACUCUCAUUGACGGGAUCUGGGCAUGGGCGGAAGUGGACGCAGCUUUGAUCCUUAUAAUCAUUUCUCCUUGGAGGGUCAUCCGUAUUGUUAACUGUUUUGUUAUGACCUUCAAGGAGAGAUAUAAGAUCCACAUACGUCUUAUUCAAAGGCAAGCACGGUCGAGUGAAAAGAAAGCAAAAGUAGCUACCAGCAAGAUGACACGAAUCGAGAGGGAGAUAUUGCAUCUUAGAGAUCUAGCUGCAGAUCAUGGUGCAACUGAUGAAGCGAUUGAACUGUGCACUAACAAGAGUUCGGAAGAUGAAAUCACUCGCAAAACGGGAAAAUACUUUAAUAUUAUGUCACGCAUUACGAAUAUUCUCCUAACGACGUUGACCAUGCGAAAUGACGGAACGAAAAAUGAUGAUGAAGACGACGAUCCAGAACAGGGAGAUGAUACGCCUGAAACGCCUGGAAUACGGAGAUGUCUUUCUGCGGUGGAGUUGGAGGAAAUUCAACAUGACCUCAAGGAAUGCAGCAUUGCUGUUGAGACUAGAUUUGCACAUCUUGAUGAAACGAAAGUGCGCCCUGUAGAAACAAUAGCAUUUCCUGUGGAAACCAUGGUACAUUUUGGAGAUACAUCCGCACAGCCUGUAGUAACAACAGCAACGCAGUCUGAAGAAAAGAAAACACCCCCUGUAUAUACAAUGGUACACUCAGCGGAGAAGACGGUGAAUCCUAUAUUUACAGUCGUUCAUUCUGGGAAAACGGCAACGCGCCAAUCUAGACACCCUCUAGAUACAAGGGAGCUCUCCCGAGAAAAUCUAAAGAAACUUAUCUCUGACACGACGGUGAACUCUGGAGACAAGACAAGACAUCCUGUAUACACAAUUGUUCACACAGGAAAAACGACGCCUCACCCUCCAAAUAGAAGGGUACACUUUGGAGACAGUACUCUUCCGCCUGGAGAUACAAUGGUACACUCUGUGGAAAUGACUGCACACCCUGUAGAUACAAUGGCACAAUCUGAAAAAAUGACUGUACAACCGUUGAAGGAAAAUAAGAAAAUGACAGUGCAACCAUUGAAUGCAGUUGCAGACUCUAAGGCACCGACUGUACAACAGUUCAAUUCAAAUGUGCAUUCUGAUGAAACGCACCAGUUGGAUACUAUUGAACACUCUAAGGAGUCAACUGUGCAACCUUUGGAUACAACUGUUCAUCCUGGGAACACGACUGUGCAACAGUUGGAUAGAACUAUACAUUCUGAAACGUCGAAUGUACAAUCAUUGAAUACAAUCGAAUGCUCUAAGGAGACAACUCUGCAACCGUUGAAUAAAACUAUACAUUCUGAUGAAACGACUGUGCAACCGUUGGACACAACUGUACAUUCUGAGGAAACGACUGUGCAACCGUUGGACACAACUGUACAUUCUGAGGAAACGAUUGAACAACAAUUUGAUGAAACUGUACAUUGUGAAGACACGAAUGUUCAACCAUUGGAUACAAUGGAACAAUCCAAGGAUACAACUGUGCAACCGUUGGAUACAACUGUACAUUCCGAGGAGAAGACUGUGCGACCGUUGGAUAUAACUGUACAUUCGGAAGAAACGAAUGUACAACCGUUGGAUACAACUGUACAUUCUAAUGAAACGACUGUUCAACCGCUGAAUUUAACUGUAAAUUCUGAGAAAACGCAUGACCAACCGUUGGAUACAAAGGUUAACACUAAGAAAAUAACUAUUUCACAGUUGGAUACGACUGUACAUUCUGGAAUGACUGAACAACAAUUGGAUAGAACUGUACAUUCUGAGGAAACGACUGGACAACCAUUGGAUACAAAUGUACAUUUUACGAUUGAACAACCGUUGGAUACAACUGUACAUUCUAGGGAAAUGACUAUUCAACCGUCGGAUACAAAUAUACGCCCUAGGGAAACGAUUGUUGAACCGUUUGAUACAACUAUACAUCCUGGGGAAACGACUGUACAUCCGUUCGAUACAACUGUUCAUUCUGAGGAAAGGACUGGACAACAUGUACAUAAACUCGAACAUUCUGGAGAACCGACUAAACACACUUUACAAAAUGUGGAUACAACGGUAAACUCUGCGGAAACUUCUGUACACCCGGUAGAUACAACGGCAAAUUCUGGGAAAACGACAAUACACCAUUUGGAUGCAACGGUAGACUCUGAGGAAACGAUGGGACGCCCUGAACAUACAGUAGUGUACUUUGAAUGA